AUGUUAGCUAUUGCAACAAAAAUCAUUAAGAAAUAUAAACUUACCUCAAAGAUGAAUAUAUCAAAACUUGGUCAAUAUACUUCAGAGUUUCUCGAGAAUUUUACUAAUGAUAGAAAGCAGAAUCAGGCAUGCAGACACCUUCAGGAUAGCUUUAAAUUUAGCAGUAAACAGAGAAGUGGUAAAACUAAAACUAUAAAUCUUACAACUUCUAAUAGAUAUCAAAAUCUUAUUUCAAUCCUGCAAGAAUUAAAGAAAGAAACUAUUGAAGAGAUGGCAUAUCGAUUUUUACAGAACAAGCUUAGUAUUAGGAAUAUAAGAGCUAAAGCUUAUGCCUUAGCCUUAUUAGCAUUAAAUGCUAAUGCUGGUUCUUCUCAGUUAUCACGACUCAGAAAAGAAUUAAGAAAUCUUGGUGCUUCAUCCCAAAUAAGCAAAGCCACAAAAUUCUCUGAUAUUACAAAAGAUGUUAACGAAAUUCAGAAGAAUCAAUGA